CUGUAAAAUAAAAAAACAUAUGUGUACUUCGAUUAUCUUUCUGAAGAAAGAAAUCAGGUUUCUGAGGAAUUUGGUCUGACAGCCAAUCGACAUUUUAUAGUUAUAUGUCCUAAUUCCUCCAAAUGCGACUUCAUGUUUAGAUGAUAUUAACUAAGCCUGUCAACGGAGAGGGAUACUAAAGCUUUGACUUGUCAGUAAGACUAAAGAGGUGAAGUCAAUCUUUUGAAUGUGAUAAGUGUAGUAUAUUAACAGUACAGAAAUGUAUAUUCUGGUGAUUCAUUGUUUGAACAGCACAAAGAAGAAUACGUAUCAAACGACUAAUUCAAAAGAAACGUUACGUAACGAUGGUUGUUAAAAUUACCAAAGAGGAUGAAAGACUCUUAGAAGAAUACAGUCAAGCAGCAUCAAAGAGUUCGGAGAAGCUAGUUUAUGUUAAUGCAGUCAUGAUAUCUUCGAUUCCUAUCUGGUUAUUUUGGGGUGUUCACAAAAUGCCUCUGAUAGCUAAUUCAUUUUUGUAUCUCAUCAUUUCACUGGCCUCAACCUUCCUCAUAUCUAUCGCAUACAAAAAUUCAAAAACACCGUUGAUGGAAAGAAUUGCUAUCCGUCGAACCGAAGCAAUUACCAAAGAAGUCAAUAACGAAGCUGGUAAAGACAAAAAGCUAUCGAAGAAAAACAGAGAGGAUGUUGUCCGCGAACGAACUAAAAAGGUUGCUGACUACGAAUCAACGACUUUCUCAAUAUUUUACAAUAAUUGCCUAUUUCUCCUAGUCUUACUGUUACUUUCUGCUGUUCUUCAUCAUUUCUCAAAUCAAGUGUAUCCUUUUAAAGUGUUGCCAGAAUCGUUCACCUAGUGGACAUCACUCGGUUUGUUUUUCUGGUUCAUUUUCUACUAUGCUGCGAUUUUAUGGUGAAUUAUUUGAUGGAGAAAAGUGGCUAAGAGGGAUGUCUAUAAUGUUCGGUCAUUAGCGCUCGUGUUCUCCCUUUGUUAAACUCAUCUAACACACCAACUGUAGUCACUAUCCUAAACGGUGUUGAGGGUCGAGUCUGCGAAUAUGGACUGUACAUAAACGACUCAUAUAAGGCAAGGCUUGGGUUUUAUUAUUUUGCCUCACCUAGCAGCGUCACAUAGUGAGAUCCUGUUUUUCAGUUGCCCUAUGAUCUCGUUUUCGAUCUUAGCCACACCGUCGGAUAUUUCGCUUAUGGAUAAACUUUCUUGCCUCCCACCCCAUUCUGUAGAGCCAAAGUACUGUGAUUUAACCAAUACCUUUCUACUUAUAAGCAGCUACGUAUUUACCGUCCAUAACCGUAUUGUGUAGAUGAAUUAUUAGGUUGUCCGUCAUUUGAUUAAUGCAGCUAGUAAUUUCAUAUGAAAACUUGUAGCUUGGUAGCAAUCUUACAAUUAUUUGACAGCAUACUCAGUUUUUGAUUGCAGUAAGUCAAGAGACGCUUACACAGUGGGAUAUACUAUGAUAUGCAACGUUCUUUUAAAAUGUGAAGGGUCAACAGAUUGUUUUUUUGACUUUUACAUCUCACAACCUCCGUUCGCUAUAGUUGUAAGAUGAAACUGAGUUUCAAAGUUUGCUUGAUGUUUCAUAAUAUCAGUCACAAGGCAAUGCUCUUAUCAAAAUAAUUUACGUAUAACGAGAUGUAGUUUCUAUGCUUUCCAUUUCCUUAACUAAUGAACCAGAAAUUACUCUGUAUCGAUGUUACUCGCUGCCGGCGCAACUGCUUUCUUGUCAUCCGGAAAAGGAUCAUUUUGAUUCCACAUGUAAUAUAUGUUUUUCGAAAUGCCUAACUUCUAAAUUUGAUUUUUAAGGUAGUUAGUAAAAGACUCACUAAUGUUGCGAAUACGUGAAUUAUCAAGAUCUCAUUGCAUUGGAACUCUAUGAUGUGUUGCGUUCUGAAACUCAUGUCUUUCGCGAAACAUACGAAGGAUUUUCGAAAAGGAACAGUAUGGUACUCAUACAUCCUAGUAACCUCUGUUUUUCGCCAAUCUACCACAUAGGUCUUUAAAUCAGUCAGUCAGCUACAACGUAGGACCAGGCACAUAUAUGCAUCGGUCCAAGUUGCCAUACCUCGUUAGCACAACAAGAGGAACACCGGAUUCAUAGUAGUUAAUCUAGUGUUGGUAGUAGUAUAUAAAUUAUAGGUUGUAUAUAAGGAUAUAGUACAGGAAGGAAGAGAGAUAUGAAGCAAUUUUAGUCUCAAGGUUUAAGGGAAGAUAAAGAGUGUAUACACCUACGUCAUUGUGACCGAUUCUGAGCCAUGUCACCUAGAGUCUCCAACCAUUGGUUACGAUAGUCACGCGGACCCCAACCAGGUAGUCUGCAUCUGCCAACAUGGCUCAGGCUAGAAGUUAGUGACUUCAAACACUGAUGCCAUGUUUUGGUUUGGCCGCCCCUAACUCUCUUCCAACCAUCCUCUACACUAGUCAUCAUAGCGCGUCGUGGUAAUCGGUGUUCAGGCAUACGUAACACAUGGCCCAACCAUCUCAGUCGAUGAAGAUUCAUGACCUCAUCAAUUGAUUUACCAUCAUUUACUAAUACCCUGCGUCUAACCUCACUAUUACUUACCCGGUGAUCCCAGCAGAUGCGAGCAAUAUUUCUAAGGCAUCUGUGGUCAAAUACUAGUAACCUACGAGUAUCUUCUACUCUUAAUGGCCAUGUUUCACAGCCGUAAAGUAGGACAGAGCGAACUGAUGAGCAGUAUACUCGUCCCUUAAUUGAUAGACGGAUAUCUCGUCUACGCCAUAGGUGACGUAAGUUGGCAAAAGCCAAACGAGCUUUUUGAAUCCGUGCUGAGAUUUCGUCUGACACCAACCCAUUAAGGCUGAUCAGACUUCCAAGAUAAGUGAAGUUGUCGACGCGUUCGACUACUUCAUUCCCUAUCCUUAGUUCAGGUGUUGACGCAGGCCAGUCCUGGAGUAACAAUUUACAUUUGGAUGGGGAGAAACGCAUCCCAAACAUCCUGGCAUUAUUACUGAGUUCCAACAGAAGACUCUGCAUUUUGCCAGCGUCUUCACCAAACAGGACUAUGUCAUCUGCGUAUUCUAAGUCGCUUAGUGGUCCCCCCGGUAGGAGAUCAAUUCCUGUAGAUUCAGUCGAAGAGAGUGUUAUUUCCAGCAACAGGUCUAUAAUGAAGUUAAACAAAAAUGGGGAUAGUGGACAGCCUUGACGGACACCACUUGAGGUUGUAAAAUCAUAUGACAGUUCGCCAUAAGCUCUCACUCGACUGGUAUUGUUCGAGUAAAGAGCCUUCACAAGGUUUAUGUACUUCUCAGGUACACCUUUCAAUGACAGACACUGCCACAGAACCUCUCGGUCUACAGAGUCAAAUGCUGCUUUC